AUGAGCAUCAGUGAGUCAUAUCCACCGGCUUUCCGCUGUGUAAUCAACGACGGAGAUCCUCAAGGUACGGCAAAGGUCGAACCGGUUCUUCUCCAUGACAAGGAAAUUGAUAUCCCGGUUAUCGAUUUGGAGCGUUUGGACAAGGAGAUACUAACAGAGGCAUGCAGAGAAUGGGGAAUAUUCCGUCUGGAGAAUCACGGAGUACCGUUGGAGUUGAUGUCACGGCUUCAGGAGAUCUCGGAGUCGCUGUUGAGUCUGCCGUUUGAGAACAAACGGGAGUUGUUCGCCGCCGUUAAGUCUCCGUUAUCGUAUUUCUGGGGAACACCUGCUCUAAAUCGUUCGGGAGAUGCACUGAAGAGAGGCACUCAAGCUUCGAACGUAACUAUGGUCGAAGGUUUCAACGUUCCUCUUUCUUCUCUCUCGAAGCUUCCAGCUUCUACUUCUUGUGGUGAUGAUGAUGCUGCUGCUCAACAUUCACAACUAGAGUCUUUCAGAGUGUUGAUGGAGGAAUAUGGAAGGCAUAUAACUAGAAUUGCUGUGACCUUGUUUGAAGCUAUAGCACAAACACUGAACCUAGAAUUAUCCGGUGACAAAAGAUCAGAAUACUUAUCGGAGUCCACAGGGCUCAUACGGGUUUACCGGUAUCCCGAGGCAGCCGGAGAAGCUCUAGGAAUGGAAGUCCACACGGACAGUUCGGUGAUCUCGAUAUUAAAAGAAGAUGAAACUGGGGGGCUUGAGAUCAUGAAAAAUGAAGAAUGGUUCCGUGUAAAACCUGUUGCUAAUACGCUCAUCGUCAAUCUUGGAGAUAUGAUGCAGGCGAUAAGCGACGAUAAAUACAAGAGUGUGGAGCAUAGAGUGAAGAAGAAGGAUAUGAAGAAAGAGAGACACUCGGUAUGUUAUUUUGUGUUCCCACAGAGAGAUUGUGUGAUAAAGUCAUCAAACUACAAGCCAUUUACUUACUCAGAGUUUGAAGCUCAAGUUCAGGCGGAUGUUCAGUCUCUUGGAACUAAGAUCGGCCUUCCUAGAUUCACCCCAAAAUCACCGUUAUAUGUCUGA